UCGGCGGACGGCGGCUCGGAGCAGAGCAGGAGCCGCCCGGGCGCCGCGGCCCCCGCCGGGGGCACCCCGGGAGCCUUCAAGCAAACCAAAGCCCAGAGGGCCAGGACUAUGGCUCUGUACAACCCCAUCCCGGUCCGGCAGAACUGCUUCACCGUCAACAGAUCCCUCUUUCUCUUCGGGGAGGAUAACGUGGUGAGGAAAUACGCCAAGAAGCUCAUCGACUGGCCUCCCUUCGAAUACAUGAUUCUGGCCACGAUCAUUGCGAACUGCAUCGUCCUGGCGCUGGAGCAGCACCUGCCGGGAGAUGACAAGACACCUAUGUCCCGAAGAUUAGAGAAGACAGAGCCUUACUUCAUCGGGAUCUUUUGUUUUGAAGCUGGGAUUAAAAUCGUUGCUCUGGGAUUCGUUUUCCACAAGGGCUCAUACCUGCGGAAUGGCUGGAACGUCAUGGACUUCAUUGUGGUCCUCAGUGGCAUCCUUGCCACAGCUGGAACCCACUUCAACACACACGUGGAUCUGAGGACGCUGCGGGCAGUGCGUGUGCUCAGACCUCUGAAGCUCGUCUCAGGCAUUCCCAGUUUACAGAUCGUGUUGAAGUCCAUCAUGAAGGCCAUGGUGCCUCUUCUCCAGAUAGGCCUGCUGCUCUUUUUUGCUAUUCUGAUGUUUGCCAUCAUUGGCCUGGAGUUCUACAGUGGGAAGCUGCACCGGGCUUGCUACGCAAAUAAUUCAGGUGAACUAGAAGAGCUGGACCCUCCUCAUCCCUGUGGAGUGCAGGGGUGCCCCCCGGGUUACGAAUGUAAGGAGUGGAUUGGUCCCAAUGAUGGGAUCACUCAGUUUGACAACAUCCUCUUUGCUGUGUUGACCGUCUUCCAGUGCAUUACCAUGGAAGGGUGGACCACAGUGCUGUACAACACCAAUGAUGCCUUAGGAGCCACCUGGAACUGGCUGUACUUCAUCCCCCUCAUCAUCAUCGGAUCCUUCUUUGUUCUCAACCUUGUCUUGGGAGUGCUUUCUGGGGAAUUUGCCAAAGAGAGAGAGAGAGUGGAGAACCGCAGAGCCUUCAUGAAGCUGCGACGACAGCAGCAGAUUGAGCGGGAGCUGAAUGGCUACAGGGCCUGGAUAGAUAAAGCAGAGGAAGUGAUGCUGGCUGAAGAGAAUAAAAAUGCUGGAACUUCAGCUUUAGAAGUGCUCAGGAGAGCUACUAUCAAAAGAAACCGGACAGAAGCCAUGAAUCGUGACUCAAGUGAUGAACACUGUGUUGAUAUUUCGUCUGUAGGGACCCCCCUUGCUCGCUCCAGCAUCAAGAGUGCAAAAGUGGAUGGUGCCUCUUAUUUCCGGCACAAGGAACGACUUUUGCGUAUCUCCGUUCGCCAUAUGGUGAAAUCCCAGGUGUUUUACUGGAUCGUCUUGAGCCUUGUGGCUCUCAACACUGCCUGCGUGGCCAUUGUCCAUCACAACCAGCCAUUGUGGCUCACCCACUUACUCUACUAUGCAGAGUUCCUGUUUCUUGGGCUCUUCCUUUUGGAGAUGUCCUUAAAGAUGUAUGGAAUGGGGCCACGCCUUUAUUUCCACUCCUCUUUCAACUGCUUUGACUGUGGGGUCACAGUGGGAAGCAUCUUUGAAGUGGUGUGGGCCAUCUUCAGACCAGGGACUUCUUUCGGGAUCAGUGUUUUACGAGCUCUCCGCCUUCUGAGAAUAUUUAAAAUAACAAAGUAUUGGGCAUCCCUGAGGAAUUUGGUGGUCUCACUGAUGAGUUCCAUGAAGUCUAUUAUCAGUCUGCUCUUCCUCCUUUUCCUUUUCAUUGUAGUCUUUGCUCUGUUGGGAAUGCAGCUGUUUGGAGGCAGAUUUAAUUUCAUGGAUGGAACUCCUUCUGCAAACUUUGACACCUUUCCUGCAGCCAUCAUGACUGUGUUUCAGAUCCUGACAGGUGAGGACUGGAACGAAGUGAUGUACAAUGGCAUCCGCUCCCAGGGAGGAGUCCGCUCAGGCAUGUGGUCCUCCAUCUACUUCAUCGUCCUCACUUUGUUUGGAAACUACACCUUGCUGAAUGUGUUCUUGGCCAUUGCUGUGGACAACCUGGCCAAUGCUCAGGAGUUGACAAAGGAUGAGCAGGAGGAGGAGGAGGCUUUUAACCAGAAGCACGCCCUGCAGAAAGCCAAGGAAGUCAGCCCGAUGUCUGCCCCAAACAUGCCCACCGUUGAAAGGGACAGAAGGAGGAGACACCACAUGUCGAUGUGGGAACCACGCAGCAGCCAACUGAGAGAAAGAAGGAGGCGACACCACAUGUCAGUGUGGGAGCAGCGUACCAGUCAGCUCCGCAGGCACAUGCAGAUGUCCAGCCAGGAGGGAAUCAACAAGGAUGAACCUCCACUGCUCAACCCUCACGCCAGCAUAUUCAGGAGAAAAAAGCCAGGUGAAAAUGUAGCCUCAGAUAAGCCUGAGGAGGAACAGGGAGGCAAGGCAGAGCAGCCACAGGUGGAAGGCCUGGAACAGCCAACCACAGGCACCAACCUCAGUGCCAGUGAGGACAAGAGGAGCCCAUCCCCUCGAGCCAAGAGAGAAAGGGACCAGUGGCAUCAGAAAUCGUGUCAUGGGAACUGUGAUCCAACUGAACAAGAUGGCAGUGGAGGAGGAGGUUCAGGGAUUGAAGACAGAGCCCGGCUAAGACAGAGCCAGCGGCGCAGCCGGCACCGGAGGGUGCGGACUGAGGGGAAGGAGCCAGCUGGGGCUCUGGAGAGCCAGUCGACCAGCCAAGAUGCAGGCCUGGAGGAUGCCAAUCCUGCAGAGGGACAGGAGAAGAGGAAUGAAGGAAGAAAGGAGGACAAUUUGAGUCAGGGGGAGCAGGCAGGCGAGGAGCUGAAAAGAACCAAUGGAAUCCCAGCCAGCGAGGCUGAGGUCCCUGGGGCCACCAAAGACAGGAGUCCACCUAAAGUCCCUCAUGAGCUCAACCAGGGGAAUAAUGUAAGCCUGAUUGAUCAGGACUGCAGCGGCCUGGAUACCAGUGACCAAGCCCUCCUGGGCAGCCUCCAGAUGGAGAUGAGCAGAGCCAUCAGCAGGAGUGAACCAGACCUCUCCUCCAUCACAGCCAAUACUGAGAAAGCCACUGAGAGCACCACCAUCAUGAUCGAUGUCCAAGACUCCACUGUGGUACAGAUUAGCAACAAGACAGAUGGAGAAGCCAGCCCCUUGAAGGAGGCAGAGACAAAAGAGGAUGAGGAGGAGGCGGAAAAGAAGAAACGGAAAAAGGAGAAAAGCUCAGAGACGGGCAAAGCAAUGGUGCCUCACAGCUCCAUGUUCAUCUUCAGCACAACUAACCCUGUGCGAAGAGCCUGUCAUUACAUUGUGAACCUGCGCUACUUUGAGAUGUGCAUCCUCCUGGUGAUUGCAGCUAGCAGCAUUGCAUUGGCAGCCGAAGACCCCGUCCUGACCAACUCUGACAGGAAUAAAGUCCUGAGGUAUUUUGACUAUGUUUUCACUGGUGUCUUCACCUUUGAGAUGGUUAUAAAGAUGAUAGAUCAGGGCUUGAUCCUGCAGGAUGGCUCCUAUUUCCGAGACCUCUGGAACAUCCUGGACUUCAUCGUGGUGGUGGGGGCUUUGGUGGCUUUCGCCUUGGCGAAUGCUUUGGGGACCAACAAGGGCCGGGAUAUCAAAACUAUUAAGUCUCUCCGUGUACUGCGGGUCCUGAGGCCGCUGAAAACUAUUAAGCGAUUGCCCAAACUCAAGGCUGUCUUUGACUGUGUUGUGACUUCCUUGAAGAAUGUCUUCAACAUACUCAUUGUUUACAAGCUCUUCAUGUUCAUCUUUGCUGUCAUUGCUGUCCAGCUUUUCAAGGGGAAAUUUUUCUAUUGUACAGACAGCUCUAAGGACACCGAGAAGGACUGCAUAGGCAAUUAUGUGGACCAUGAGAAAAACAAGAUGGAAGUGAAGUGCCGUGAAUGGAAGCGCCAUGAAUUCCACUAUGACAAUAUCAUUUGGGCUUUACUUACACUCUUCACUGUCUCCACUGGAGAGGGGUGGCCACAGGUGCUGCAGCAUUCCGUGGAUGUGACCGAGGAGGACCGGGGGCCCAGCCGCAGUAACCGCAUGGAGAUGUCCAUUUUUUAUGUGGUGUAUUUUGUGGUCUUCCCUUUCUUCUUUGUCAACAUCUUUGUGGCUCUCAUUAUCAUCACAUUCCAGGAGCAAGGAGACAAAAUGAUGGAGGAAUGCAGUCUGGAGAAGAAUGAGAGGGCAUGCAUUGAUUUUGCCAUCAGUGCCAAACCUCUCACUCGCUACAUGCCUCAAAACCGACAUACCUUCCAGUACCGUGUCUGGCACUUUGUGGUCUCCCCUUCCUUUGAAUACACCAUCAUGGCCAUGAUAGCUUUGAAUACUGUGGUGCUGAUGAUGAAGUAUUAUUCUGCACCCUAUACAUAUGAGCUGGCUUUGAAGUACCUGAACAUUGCAUUUACCAUGGUGUUCUCCUUGGAAUGUGUCCUGAAGAUCAUAGCUUUUGGCUUCUUGAAUUAUUUCCGGGACACCUGGAACAUCUUUGACUUCAUCACUGUGAUUGGCAGCAUCACAGAAAUUAUCUUGACAGACACCAAGUUGGUAAACACCAGCGGGUUCAACAUGAGCUUUCUGAAACUGUUCCGGGCUGCUCGCCUCAUCAAACUGCUCCGCCAGGGCUACACCAUCCGUAUUCUGCUGUGGACCUUUGUGCAGUCUUUCAAGGCCCUUCCCUACGUUUGUCUCUUGAUAGCUAUGCUUUUCUUCAUAUACGCAAUCAUUGGGAUGCAGGUUUUUGGGAAUAUCAAACUAGAUGAAGGAAGCCACAUAAACCGACACAACAACUUCCGCAGCUUCUUGGGCUCCCUCAUGCUCCUCUUUAGGAGUGCCACAGGUGAGGCAUGGCAAGAGAUCAUGCUUUCAUGCCUGGAAGGCAAAGGCUGUGAGCCCGACACUACAGCGACAUCUGGACAGAAUGAGAAUGAGCGCUGCGGCACUGACCUGGCUUAUGUUUACUUUGUCUCCUUCAUCUUCUUUUGCUCAUUCCUGAUGCUCAAUCUGUUUGUGGCGGUCAUAAUGGACAAUUUUGAAUACCUGACUCGGGAUUCCUCCAUUCUGGGGCCUCAUCACCUAGACGAAUUUGUCCGGAUCUGGGCGGAGUAUGACAGAGCCGCAUGUGGCCGCAUCCAUUACACUGAGAUGUAUGAAAUGCUGACUCUCAUGUCACCACCGCUAGGCCUCGGCAAGAGAUGUCCCUCCAAAGUGGCCUAUAAGAGGCUGGUGCUGAUGAACAUGCCUGUGGCUGAGGAUAUGACUGUCCAUUUCACCUCCACCUUGAUGGCAUUGAUUCGAACAGCGCUGGACAUAAAAAUUGCCAAAGGUGGUGCAGACUGGCAGCAGUUGGAUUCAGAGCUGCAGAAGGAGAUCCUGACCAUCUGGCCUCACCUAUCCCAGAAGAUGCUGGACUUACUAGUGCCCAUGCCAAAAACUUCAGACCUGACUGUUGGCAAAAUAUAUGCAGCCAUGAUGAUCAUGGACUAUUACAAGCAGAGCAAAGCAAAGAAGCAGAAGCAGCAACUGGAGGAACAGAAAAAUGCCCCUAUGUUCCAGCGCAUGGAGCCCUCAUCUCUGCCUCAAGAGAUCAUUUCUAAUGCCAAAGCUCUGCCUUACCUCCAGCAAGACACCCUGUCAGGCCUGAGCAGCCGGAGUGGGUUCCCCUCCCUGAGUCCACUCUCUCCUCAAGAGAUAUUUCAGCUGGCUUGUAUGGAUCCAACACAUGGGCAGUACCAGGAGCACCAAUCACUGGAGCCAGAGGUUAGAGAGUUUAAAAGAGUGCAGCCCUCUAACCGUGGCAACUAUCUCCCCGUGGACACUCAGGAGCGCGCUGUAUCUGGGAGGGCCUCCUCCAUGCCACGCCUGACAGUGGAUCCCCAGGUGGUUACAGACACAAGCUCUAUGAGACGAUCAUUCUCCACCAUCCGGGACAAACGUACCAACAGCUCCUGGCUGGAUGAGUUCUCCAUGGAGCGAAGUAGUGAGAACACUUACAAGUCUCGCCGGCGCAGUUACCACUCCUCGCUACAGCUGUCUGCUCGCCGCCUGAAUGCAGACUCAGGCCACCGGUCUGAUACACAUCGUUCAGGUGGCAGAGAACGAGGGCGAUCCAAAGAACGCAAGCACCUGCUGUCUCCAGACAUCUCCCGCUGCAACUCGGAGGAGAGGAGUCCCCAGGCAGACUGUGAGUCUCCAGAACGGCGGCGUCAAUCCAGAUCACCCAGCGAGGGAAGGUCGCAGACGCCCAACAGGCAGAGCACAGGUUCCUUGAGUGAAAGCUCCAUCCCCUCUAUAUCUGACACCAGCACCCCAAGGAGAGGUCGCCGGCAGCUCCCUCCUGUGCCGCCCAAGCCACGGCCUUUCAUCUCGUACACCUCCAUGAUGCAGCAUGCUGGUGACACCUUCCCACAACCUGACGAGAGCGAGGGUGGGUCCCCUCUGCUUUCCAAGGCUCUGGAGACGAAUGACACCUGCCUGACCGAGUCUUCCAGCUCUCCGCAGGGAAAGCAGAGCCGGCACUCCACCCCACAGCGCUACAUCUCAGAGCCCUACCUGGCCCUGCAUGAUGACUCCCACGCCUCAGACUGCGGCGAGGAGGAGACACUCACCUUCGAGGCUGCUGUCGCCACCAGCCUUGGCCGCUCCAACACAAUUGGCUCAGCCCCUCCGAUGAGGCACAGCUGGCAGAUGCCCAAUGGGCAUUACCGGAGGAGGAGGAGAGGGGCGGCACAGGGGGUGAUGUGUGGGGCUAGCAUUAAUGUGCUAAGUGAUACGGAGGAAGAUGACAAGUGCUAGAGGCCGCUGCCCCCUCCAAUGCAUGCUCUUCGCCACGCCUGGGAAUGAAAUGAAACCAAAAUCAAAUGCAGGAGAAACAAAAUUCUUUGUGCAAAAAAAAAAAUGUCAACCCCUGGAUUCCUUUUCUUCUUUCCUUUUUUUUUUUUCUGCACAGAGGAGCAGCAUUUGAUUAGCUUGUGCAACCAUGGCCUGGUCAGCUGCUUGUGCUGGUGAGAUGAGUGUGAAAUGGCCCCUCCCAAGAGAAAUGGGACUGCGUGCCUAGGGGAAUCAUGAGUGUACUUCCCUCUGCUGCAGAGAACACAGCAGGAAGAAACUAGGCCCCUGGGGUUUGUUUUUUAUCAUCCUUUGCCCCUUGAGGCUUGGCCAAAAAAAAAAGAAACACAACCCCAGCAGGUGGCUUUAGGCACGUUUUAUUUUUCCCUUGGGAAGCCAGAGAGCAGAUGGAUAGAGGCAGACUCAGGGCCCUUCAAGAGGUGCACACACUAUUGCUCAGGGCCUUUGGCACUGCCUGGCAUUUUUGGUUUGCUUCCCAAACAUUUCAGCAACAAAACGGAAAGGAGGAAUGUGUUGGGAGGGGAGGGGCGCAGGAGCAGGAUCAUUUGGGUUCAGCGACAGACAGCAGCUGCUGUGCACGAUGGAAGGCGAUCAAUGUGAGUGAAACCAAACCAAAAUGGCUUGUACCAUGGGGAGAUUAAAGGGGAGGGGGCGGGUAGGAAAUGGUGCUGCUGAUUGUAACCCAUCUCGCUCGUACAUAUAUUUAUUUAUAUACCAAGAACUAUAGGUGUGUGUGUAUAUACGGUAUGUGUGUGUAUAUAUAUUUAUAUGCUGUAUAUAUAAAGAUAUACACAUACAUGUGUUUGUUUUAGUAAACUGGCAUGUGAUCUAACCAGGGCCACCCUCACCCAGAGGUUCCCAGGACAGUAGAUGAGCUCUUUUAUUGACCAAGGUGCCAAAUACGAGUUUUUCCUUCCCUGAGUCCUGAUCACAUAGACAAACCAGGUGGGAUGAGGCCUCUCUUUCACUCUGCCUGGAGGGUGGCAGACAAGCUUUUAUGACAUGAAAAAUGUAGUGAAUGGUAGAUCUGAAGCAAAAGGAGGAGCUGCCACUGUGACAUUACUGAGGGUAGUGGUUGUACUGCUGAGCCAUUAUUUUUGCAACUAGAUUGACUGCCAGCUAGACUGAGGAUCUGACGUUGUGCCAAGGAUGUUACAGCCACCUGUUCUAGUGCCAGUGCUGUGCAGUCCUCUCUGGACUGUGUGACCAUAGGAUCUAGAAGGCAGGGUAGGGUGGUACUUUGGAGGCUACUCAUGGGAUGCAGAGAAAGGAGUGGGAACAUCCAGUACCCCAGUACCUCCCUGCUCCCUCUUGUGAGCAUGGCUGGCUUGGCAUCAUGUUUUCUCUCGCCCUUACCGCUCAGGUGCUUGUCACUGAUGCAUGGAAAUCUCUGUGUACUCAGUGUCCGAUAUAAAGCCCUCUGAUGGCAGCAAAAAUCUGCCUGCAACUUCAGUGGGCUUUGGAUCGGGUCCUUGUUGAUCCCUCUGUGCCUGACACGUUGUGCAUUAGCAAACUGUUUUGGCGUGAAUGAGUAGACUGAGUCCUACUGGUUCACUCUAGUGCCUUCUGGCAUUGAUUUUUAGGAGAGCGGGGCAGAGGUAGCUCUGAAUGCUGCCAGAAAGAUAUGGUGCCAGCCAUGGUUAAAUCAGUUAGGAAUAGGCAGACAGUUUGAGAAGCAAAGCCCCUCCUGAGCCUCUCUCAACAAGAACACAAAAAUGCCAUCUAGCCAGUAUCCUGUCUCUGAACGUGGCAGAAGAGGAUGCUACAGAGAGAGCGCACUGAACUGGAUAUCUCUAAAGUGAUCUAUCCCCUAUUCAAUACCCUCCACCAUUAUUAGUUUAAAGAUGCUGUUCAACAGCCAUUAAUAGAUCUACUAUCCAUGAGUUAUCUAGUCUCUUUUUGAACUUGGCUAUGCUAUCUGCCUCUACCACCUCUUGUGGCAAUGAAUUCUACAAGUUUACUACACAUUGGGUAAAAAUUCUUUAUCUGUGCCUCUAGAGCAGGACUAGGUUGCCUAGUCAGACCCCUCACAUUUCUCCCCAAGGUUUCCCUGGGAGUUGAAUACAUACCCACCCAGCCCUCAGCCAAGAGAUCUAGAAUCAAUGCCUCAUUCCCCAUUCUCACCCCACGACUGAAGCAUCAAGCAAGAAAUUCCUCAAAGCAAACUUCAUGGAUUAGAAAGGAGAUUAAAAGUGGGAGGGUUGGGCAGUUGACAUGGAAAAUGUGACCAUCAGAAAUGAACCUUCUUCCCCUACAGCUGGAUCUCAGCAAAGAGGAACACUAAUAUAUAUCAGCCCUUGGAGAUCAACCUGCAGACACAAAGUUACAGACAGAAAGACUCAACAACCACCACUGAUUAAAGGUAUAGGCAGCAUAAUUGCUUUUCCAAUUGCAGGAACUGGUCUAGGCCUUCAUCACCACAACCAUUGGAAUCUCCCCUGGGCUUGUCAGGGGCUGUGUGAAAUUGCCUUUGGAGGGCACUGAUCUGGUACUGGAGACCACUGGGCCAUGUGGAACUGAAAAGGGUUUGUCUGAGUAACUUUAAAGAUGACUGAAGCAUUUGUGGCACUGGCCUGGGGAGGCUGUGUUACUCAGGGGUAUCACCAGGUCAACCCAGAGACAGCCCCGUUCAGUUAUUUUCACCACACCACCAUGUAACAGUGAAAUCAGUCUAUUCUAGGGAAGUUUAUAUAAUUGUACAGGGACUCUUUAUUGUAUCCCUUAAUCUGUAACACAGGGUGCCUUAAUUUGUUCAAGUUCUAUGUACAGUGCUCAGAGGGCAAAAAAUUACACCUGAAAAUGUUUAAACACCUCUCAAAAUGACCUAGUAUGAGCUCUGCUAAUAACAAACACAUCAUGACUUUAAGGUCCUGUGUCUCAUUGCCCUUAAGGGAUAAAAGUAGCAUGCCACGCAUCUCCCCUUUCUACUGGUAUAGGGAGCCUGAGGGAGCUUGGCAUCCAAAUCCCAUUGGUAGGUCUACAGAUAUUGGGCACCAAGCUCCCAUCUGUGCCUUUCAAAAUCUCUGCCUAGAACUCCUAUUUCUAGCUCUGGAACCUCAUGAAGUAUUGUACAAUCAAUCUGUCCCUGCCCCAAGAAGUGUUAUUUCUCCUAGAACAGGUCUUUGCCCUUUCUGACUCAUAAAGGGACACAUUCUGUAUGUGAGGGAAAGGAAGAAAUAUUCUUAUGGCAGCCUAGAAAGGUCCCCACCCCCUGGGCACUUCCUCAUGGCUGGGCCCAGUACUGCAGUGGUUCUUUCUCAGUUUCUUCAUCAGCUUUUCCUACCUGUGCUAGUGACUUGUGGAUCUACCCUUCAGCCUAAUUGUUAUGAAUGAUCCAACCCUCCCUGCCAGGGUGCCAGAGACAGUCAUGGUCCAGGACAAGCAAGAAAUGAAGGAAUAUUUGCCCCAUUAAAGCUUAGUCCUUUGUGCCCCUUGAAGGUUAUUCAUUCAUAGCUCCAUUUCAUCCAUAUUCAUCCAUUUCCUUAGCUCACCACUCAGCCCAACUCUUUUUCCCAUAUAAGCUACAUUCAAACGUGAAUGAUCAUUACUGGACCCCAGGUAAAAUUAAAUGGGCCAAUGCUAGGUCUGCUUUCAUUCCAGGAAGACUUUGACCAGCCACAGUCCUGGUCAGGAAGGCCCCAUCCCCAAUGAGAGAUAUUUGUCUCUGCUCCUUCCCUGCCCACCUCCAGCUGCUUGAACUCUCACUCCUGUUCAGCCCCCUUCCACAGGCCUGACACUCAUGACGUGCAGCAGGCAGGGUUGAUUUUCCCCUCCCCACACUGUACACUAAGCCUUUCCAGCUUGCAUGGGGAUUGCGCUCACCAUCACAGGCGGAGCGCUGAAUCUGCUCAGGGCUUUCAAAUGUCAGAACCGGUUCCAGUGGGAGAUGGGGUUUAUGAGCAGAGUGCAUUUCACUUGCAUGUUUCUGUGCCUCAGCAGCAACCUAGCCCAGAGUUUUCCACUUUCUAUCACAUCCUUUGCUCUGCCUCUUCUUCCAUAGCCCUAUAGUGUAGCCACACAUGUGGCACCUGUGUGGAGAAUGUGUCUAUCACUUGCACUGAAGCAUGUGUCUGUGUCUGUGUACGUGUGUGGCUUGCUUAUAUGCAGAGAGGUAGUUAGGCAUGUUAGUCUGAAGUCAGUCGGAAGGCAAGAUAGACAUGCAGCUUUAUAAACUAACUGAAUAAGAUCUAAAAGGAGAGCACACGCUUUCGUGAACCCAAGUUCACUUCAUCAGUUGCUGUGAAGGGGCAGCACAGAGAAGAGUAUGAAGUGGAGUAAGUGAUUAGAAUACAGUGAGUAGGAAAGCAGGAGCGAAGAGGAAGGCAGCGGGGAGUGCUGUGAGAGGGAUCCAUGCAAAGAACCCAUUGGCAGCCAAUCCUGAACAGGGCUGAUUUCCUCUUGGGAAGCUGUGUGAUUUUAGGCUGAAGAAGUCCAUGGGGCUUUUCUUCUGUCUUUCACCUGAGCCUUGCCCUUCACUUUCAGGAAAGCAUGUACAGAAGCAGCCUUGUGCCCUGCCCCCAGUUUGCAGUAUCUGCCACUGUUGUUUGAGCAGAGCCCAAGCACAGAUUGAAACAUUUCUUCUCCCAUGCAGAGGUGUUUCCACAGUAGCAGAGGUGGAUGGCAGAUUUUCACUACCAGUCCGAGGCCAUGGACUUGGGAGCCCAUGCCUAUGCAGCCAAACAUUUAAGUGCAAGCUUAAUUUUGCUAAUUAAAUUGCAUAAAUGCUCUACUGGCCUGCAGCUCUGGUGCAGCCAGGGUAUCUCAGUGCAGAUUGGAAGGCAGCACAGCCUCUGAACUGAUUUGUCUGUAGUCAUCUUUUGACUGACAUUUGGUUUCCCUUUCCUAAAGUUCAGUAAGCCCAGUCUGAGAGAGGAGGACUCUCCCCACACCUUACAGAAAACGAUCCCUAACAUAUAUGCAUAUUCCCAAUACACACUUAUCUCUCCCCCCACAUAUAUACACAUAAACACCCUGGAACAAACCAGCAGCAGAUGCCAAACAGCAUUAGUAAUAUGCCUGUAUUAUAGAGCAUCUUUCAUUGCAACAUAAGGCAUUUAUGAAAAUGGCUCAGGCUUGCUAGUGCUGAUAUUGGAAAGCGAUUGCAAGAGGGUUCACGAUAAGGGGCAACAUGGGGAUCAGGGUUAUUGUCCAGGUGCUGUGAGAGGGGUGAGCAGGUUUGCUUGCAGCACUGGGACAGUGGAUCUGAGAGGCAUGUGCUCAUCUGCAGAGUUGAAAAGGUUGAUCCAUCUGGGAUAGCUUCCUAAUGUAUAAUUUUACUGUUUAAAAUCCAGCAUGUGGCUGAAUUCCAGCUCCAGUGGUAAUUGAUCUAGUAAUUCCAUUCUGCCAGUCUGACUUCCUGCCACAGAUUCAAAGGCACGUGCUGGGCUUCACUCACUGUGACAGAGAGAUGUAGGUGUAGCACAACUGUUCUGCUUCCACCUCAGAGGAAGUUGCAUUUAGGGAGGAUAUGUUGUGGUCUUUGUACUUGGCCCCUGUGAAGCCCAUGAGAGUUUUGCCAUUUACUUGUGCAUGUCUAGGGUUUGCCUGUGGUCUGUGCAAGUGCUUUGGAACAGAAGAUAUUCUGUAAAAGAAAUAUCCAUUGCAGUAGAUUAUUGGAGUCAGUUGGUGACUGCUGGAUUCUGAACCCAGAAUUCUGGUUGUGUGUGUAUGUGUGCAUGCACUCAUAUGCAUGUCAGGGUCAGGGAAGAAGCUAUCCUCUGAAUACACAUGUUUUGGGAUGGUUUAACUGGGAACUGUGGUGGCCCUUGCCCCUCACCUCUUUCAUCUGUUCCUUCCUUUCUGUCUUUGGGUGGAGGUGUUGCAUGUCAUUCAGGUUGCCCAGCACCCAAGACCAACCAAAAUCUUACCCUAGACAAGUGGCAUUUUAUUCUGUGCUUUCUACUGGGUAAGUCACUGCUCUGGACUUAGGAAUCCUGGGUUCAUUAACCAGCACUACAUCUGCAAGUAAAACCAGCAUCCCACUGCAUUUUCUGAGUUUGUGGGAGAGAGGUGUUGAUUUAAAAAAUCUCAACCAGCUCUAAGAAUUGCACAGUUCUUGAGGGACGAUCAUGAUCUACACAUGUCUCACUCCAGAGAAUGACUGCCACAUUCUUGUACUGACUAAACCCAUCCACCCACCCACUUUCUCAGAAUGCCCCUUCCAGGCUGCAAAUUCCUUCCCCUUCCCUAGUUUAUUGACCCAGUCUCAACAAUUAACCCAUCCUUGGACAAGCUGUUUCAGCUGCUGAAGACACACACACAUGCGCAUAUACAGCACCUCUUCAAGUUACUUGAACCACCUUUAUCCACCUGUUUGUGUUCUCUUAUCCAGCAAGCAAGAUGGCUCCCUGGCUCAGCUCCCAGCAUGUCCUAUUUGUGGGUUUUGUGGCUUGCUUAUAUGCAGAGAGGUAGUUAGGCAUGUUAGUCUGAAGUCAGUCAGAAGGCAAGAUAGACAUGCAACUUUAUAAACUAACUGAAUGAGAUCUAAAAGGAGAGCACACACUUUUGUGAACCCAAGUCUAAAGUCGUGAACCCAGAUUCUAAAGUCAUGCACAUUAAUUCACUGCCAUCCAAAGUCCUUUUUAAUUUUAGCAUUAAUGGUAAACACUUUGCAGGAUCUUUCUACCUCAUUGCACUCAUUUUCAUCAACAUCUGCCCUAUACAUCAAAUUCUACAGAAAGGAAGCAGUUAUGUUUAAUAAGUUACCUGUUUGUGGUUUUCAGGUCCUCACACAAUACAAUGAUGAUGUAUUAAGUUACAAGUGACAGGAAGGGCAGAUUCUCCUUGCCAGUUAGGGGUGUGGCUCUGAUUCUCAGGGUUUGAGGGCACGCUGUGUUUAACAUCUAAUUGUAUUGGGUGGGGCACUCUCUCAGGUGCUUCAGAAUCAGUUUGGGAGAGAGAGUUCUGGGUUGUGGAAAGAGGAUCCAGCCUGAGUCAUUUGUAUUUGGCCCAGAGAUGUGGGGCUGUUUGGGUCCAGGAAGCUGGUUCAAGAUCCCUGCUUGUCUCUGGUAUCAAAAGGCUUUCUGGUGCAGCAUCUAGGUACCAAGGACAGCUCCCCUGAAGCAUGGGUGUUCUUACCCAGGAGAAUAUAUAUAUAACCCCAGGCAGAGGAAUGCAGUAGAGACACUAUAUGAACAUACCUAAUGGGAUGGAUGAAUAUCAGGUGAAGGCUGAACAGGCCCCCUUGAUGUCUGUCCAAAGUACAGCAAAGGUGGCUAUCAAGGCCCAUUGGUUUCUUUUCAAUCUUUUAAAUCCUUCAUUAUGAGAAAUGUAAGGACAUACUCAGGGGAUUUUGUGACCCAAAUUUUUAAUUAGCAAGUGAGAUUGAAUUUGAGGAAGGUGGGCACUCUGUUCAAGCAUCAGCUGAAUGUGCUAGCCAGCAGUCUUAGUAGACAUGUGCUAGGGCCCUGCUGUACUGGAGUAGGCCAGAACAAGCCCCACGGACACUUGGACUAUAACUGUUGCAAUCUGAAGGCUUCUUUCUGGCUGGCUGGUUGUUUCUAACUACGUGUCAUUGUUCUGAUGCACUGUAGCAGGUAUUUGAAGCUUGAGACCCCCUCAGAUUAAGAUACUAUUUGAUGUGGAAUCCAGUUCAGGUUUUUUUGGAUCCCCCUCAUCUGGUCCCCACCCCCUCAAUGUUGUCAGGCAGCUAUAGAGUAGCAAAGGCCUGUGAUACUUUGCAGCACAGCAAAACUGCAAGACAUUCAAGAGCUGCUGAGCAUUGGUUCUGGGGUCUUGAGUGUCACUGAGGCCAUAGAUUUGAAUGAGCAUGUCCUCAGUGGUAUAUGGGACCCAUUUGUGCCCUCCCUACCCCAAGGACCCCUUUCAGUUUUCUGUGGAAAUAGACUUUCAUUUAAAUAAACCGAAAGUUUCUCCGGCAUUGAGAAGAAUUUAAAGCAAUGCUAGGAUGGUUUGAGCUUGGUCUGAAACCCACUGAACUCAAUGGAGAGACUCCACUUGAUUCCCAGAGACCAUGAAACAGGCCCUCAUUGGGGGUACAAAAGAUUUGAGGUCCUGGCUGGUGCUGACUGCUGCAAAUCCCAGUGACAAAUGGAAGCAAGAAAUGCUCGGCACCUCUCUCUUGAUCAUCAGGUGAACAUUACCCUACUCAGAUUCACUACCUACAGCAAUGAGCAUGAAAGCAGUAAAGGUCAACAUUGUCAACCAUUUCACAGAUGAUCACUUGAGCUCUUGGGUAGGUGUAGCGUCAUUACUGGGUUCCCCUAGUUAUGAUUCCAGCUGAGCCAGGGAGUGACCUGUACCAUCCUAACAUCUGAUAAAUACCUAAAUGCAUCACAGCCAAGUACUUCAGAAAUGACCAGAAGUCAACCACUGUGGGCCCCUCAGGUCAGAGAGUCAGUCUUUGGUUCCUCAGCACUAGUAAGGUAAUAGUGUUGUUGCUACUAGAUCAUUCUAAACCUCUCUUGGAAGGGCAGAUCUCCCCAUGGUACAAAUUGUUAGGAAAGGAGGUGGUUGUGGUCAGGCAGAUGUGGUGAGAUGAUGGUAUUGUAAAUAAGGGGGGAGGGAAGGGUGCAUCUUGACCUUCUAAAUGCAAAAAGAUUUAUGACAAUAAGCCAUGCUCUGUGUAAAUACAUUAUUGGGGUGGGGGUGGGGCUCUGUGUGUGCAUUAGUUGGGUGAAGGGAGUUAUAAGGGGAGGGGUCUUGUUUCAUGUUGAUUUUAAAGCUUAUACCUUAUUUCUUAUUCUUACAGUCAUGACUGAGACCAGCAAGUGUGCAAUGAAGUUUAUAAGAGUUUUGAAAUAUUUCCUAGCAGUUUUUUAAAGACCUAUUUUAAGGUUACUAUCACUUCAACCCACGGUCUGGUCUCUCUCCCCUACAAAAGCUCUUAACUGUUUCCCCCCUAUUGAAGGGUAGGUGCAUAUCCUCCUGCCCCUGGGAAUCUAGAUUGAGCACUGGUAUGUGCCAUCACAGAAAGGAGUUGGGCCUCUUUCAGCUCGGCAGCUGGCCAUGAGACUUCUGGCUGGGCCAUAUCUAAAGGCUGGAACUGGGAUCCAGUCAUGGCUACAGAUGAUUCUCCAAGGAGUGAAGUCUUGAUGCUGGAUGAAAACAGUUGGCUCAUUAGACUCUGAAGAAUAACCCAGAAGUGGAUUCAGGUGUGUCUGAAUGCAGCAGGAUUCAGUUUCAAAACUAGUGAUUGCACCCAAAACUUGUAAUGGGGCUGAGACAGAGUAGAGAGAUCUGGCUAGGCAUUUACACUGAGCUUAUUGCCAUAAUGUCUGAGCAGCAAAGGAGGCUGGGCUGCCUCCAUGCACCACAUCAUUCCCAGGUUAGUGUUGAAGUGUUGUGGUUUUCUCUGAUUCAGAAUGGAGACUUAGUCUCUCUCCAAGUGCUGGAGCCAAGAAGCUCAAAUGAUCUUGGUGGUAGGAGAGAUGUGUCCAACUGGGCGCUAAAGCUUUGCUAUAGGAUGGAGACAGAGCCUCUCUCUAGCUGCUGAUGCUGCCAACAGAAGGAGCUGUGCACUUUCCUGCUCUUAAAUGGAAUGUCCUGCCCCAUGCCCACCUUCAUGGCACAAGCACUUCCUAAUGCAUUUGGACUGGGAGGUGGAAGCAUUUUCAUCUUAGCGUGGUGCCCUUUGGACACCACAGGUGGAGAAAGGCGUAGGUUUUUGUUGGUAUCUCCAACAUAGGUGCCCCAAACUAUUCCUUUUGAAACAGCCUUGGUCAUGAGCAGGCAUCAAUUAAAUGUACAGACUGGACAAGUUAGCUGGAACCACAAAACGGGGAAAGAGAAUCUAUAAAAGUCAAAGAGUCAUUACAAUAAAGCACUGAGGGACAAAUGGAAUCCAUGUAACAGGAGCAGAAUUUGCCUGAAAUGAGAGCUUAAAUAUUGCCACCCAUAUUCUUUAGUAGCUCUCCAUCAAGUUAUCCUUGGAUGAGCAUUGUCAUACAUUAUAUAGCUACCAGCUGGCUCACUGAAAAUUUAUUUGAAGUUCAUGAACCAGGUAACAAGCAUACAGCAACAGCACAGAGUCUGAACCCAAGUAGAGCUUUUAUUCAUAUAUACUGGUGUUUUAUUAACAUAUAGAAAUUCUUUGUAUGAAGGUAAACCAUGCUGAUGGGAAUGGUUCUUUUCAGUGGCACUGUGAGAAUGGACUGAUUCCAUCUACUUGGCAGAAUCUAUAAUUUGUUUACCCUUGUAGAAGUGGUGAGAUAUGCCCAAGGGGUCAUUGAAUUUGAAAGCAAAUGGGGACAAUACAGUAUCUUAGAGCACAGGCUGUAAAACCAAAAAAAAAAAAAAAAAGGGAAAAAGAGACCAGGAAAAAGACUACAACUAGGAGAGAGGAUGUUUUCAAGGUACUUCUGCAACCUGCAUACCCUUUUUUUAAGUCUCUGGACUAAUUUUGCUUCUGUAUAAUAUCUCUUCAAUGGCCUAAAGAAGGUUUUACAGCCAAAAGAACCUUUCUUCACCUUGGAUAUAUCCAUAGGAUACUUAUUGCUGCUAAGAUCUCAGCCUGUGGUCAGGCUCAAGAAUCACUGCUGUACUUUGAGCAAGCUGUCCAAAACCAAGGGGACUUUUAUUUCAUUGCAACCAGAAGAUGACCUUUUUGACUUCAAUUGCCCUUCAACUUAGCAGAGGGAAAACUGAGAAGAGGGCUAUGGCAGGACAUGGGGAGGGGAGCAUUUAACAAGAAUUCCUUGCAGAGAAUGGGCUAUGACAGGGUGUAGAGA